AUGUCUACUCAAAGUGUGUCGACCAGUAGUGACACAUCAGAAUCAACAUCAAUAGUGACAAUUCGAACUAUGACGACCAGUAGUGACACGUCAUUAACAACAUUAGUAUUGAAUACGUCUUUGGUAGUUACAAAUACUGGUAUAUCACAAUCGUCAUCAAUAAUCUUGGCUGCAAGUUCUACAUUAACUGAUUCUUCUACAUCAAUACUUUCUUCAGAUACAACUUCAUCGAUUGCAGAUAGCUGUAUAAUCAUUUCACCCCUUUGUACGGAAAUCGUUGGUUCGGAACUGGGUUCGAACAGGUUCAACAAUUACACUUAUUAUACUUAUUUAUUUACACCAGGUGAAAAUUGUACAUGUGCAGAAAUAACAUUUGCAUUUGUAGAUGGUUAUGGCUAUCUCGAUGAUGUAUCCAUAACAUCGACGAACGAUAGUGAAGAAAUGAUAAAGAAUGGCGGAUUCGAAACAGGUCAGUUCGCUCCGGGAUGGACAUAUGCUGACCUAAAUGGGAAGAAAGUGGCAAUAUUACUAGUUAUGAUGCGCGUUCAGGUCAAUAUGAUGCGCGUUCAGGUUAAUAUGAGAGUUCAAUCUUCAUCAGUGGAUACAAACAUUAAUUAA